GGCUCUUCUAAUACAGGUCAUCCUACCCCUCAUUAAUUAAUCUCAUAUUUAUCUGUGCUAUCGGCCUUGCACUGUGAAAUUCGAUCCUAAUUAAACUUAUUGCGAAAGGACAUUUCAGUGCUCUCUCCCGGAACACACCGCCGAUCGAAAGAGACAUUCAAUAAUACAAAACCAACGGAAACUAAGUACGGCCAGUGAUUUUGAAUUAUUUUUUAUAUACGCACGUUGAAUAUGGAAGAGAAAUGUCAUGUACUAAAUGUAAGAAGCAAUAUAACGCAUCAGGAGAUCGAAUUUGAUAAUCAAGAAACACAUAAUGGGAAUCCUAUUCAGUUGGAUUCUUUAGACAUGGAGUUUUUAAAUGAAAUUAAAGUGGGAAAAGGAGAAACUCAAAGGAGUGGUGAAAAUGUAUACGGUCAUAAGAUCGGAUGGCUUCCACAGAUUUUGCGGCAAGAUGAUAUGAAAUUUGUAUUUAGAUACUGUUACCCAAUGGAGUUGCCUAUCGGUCCUAUAUAUAAUCAUUUGUCUAAGGUAGUUAACCAUAAUUAUGAAAAAUGCAAGCAAGACAAAUCGAUGGAUAUUCGCCUAGUGGAAUUGGCAGAAAAGUUUGACCAAAGUAAGAAACUUAAGGUUAAAUUGGCAAGAAAAUUCAUUGAAAAUUAUUUUCCGAAGGAUGAUGAGAUAGGGGAAAAUGCACUCAUUGAAACCAAGAAGGAAAUCAAGAACUUGAGAAAGAUGAUAUAUGACGAGUUUUAUCUACUAAAUAAAUGGGAAAACAAUUCAAUAGUCGGUGAUGAUGAAUUGGCCAGGAAGCUAUUUUUGGAUGGGUGUACAAUACUACAGUUCAUAAUGAGUUAUCUUACAAGUGGAUUGACAGAGUUUGGAAUUAGUCGUCAUAUAGAAGCAUUAAUGGUGGAGGACUUAUUCAUGCUUCAAAACCAAAUCCCCUUCCAAGUCAUUGUGCUAUUGUUGAAAUUCACAAAGCACGAAAGUCAUCUUGACCUGAAAAGGAAAAUUAUUGUUUUCAUUCAAUCAACGCAAGCUUUCAGGAAUGAUAAACUAGAAGGCAACUGGAAUACCAAGGAAGACUGUGAUGACUUUCUAAAAAUAAAAAAUGGUUAUUGUGAGGGUGCAUAUGUUCACCUCCUUUCGCUUCUCCACUCCUACAUCGAAGAGUGUUUCAAUCUUUCUUGCGAUUGUGGUACCAUGCUUGUGAAGAUAAUGUGUUGCAUGCUAUAUGAUUUUAUAUUUCAUUAUUUCAUAAGUCGCACAAUUUGUUAUCAACUUUUACAUGGGAGACAAGACUUUCGUAGUGUACAAGAAUUUAAAUCAGCUGGGAUAGAGUUUAAGCCAAGUAACGACGGUCGCAUCUCUUUCAGAAGUAAAAUUUUAAACAUCAAAGGAAAUCUUAAACUUCCUCCUUUUGUUGUGGAUGAAGGGACGAAGCGUAAGUUGAUGAAUCUGGUCGCUUAUGAGAUGUGCCAACCUUUAGACGAACGGGAACCCGUGACUUCUUAUGUAAAAUUUAUGGAUUUUCUAAUUGAUAAAGAAGAAGAUGUUAAAGAACUAAGGGUGUCUAGAGUACUUCGGAACCGCCUCAGCAGUGAUGCAGAUGCCGCUAAACUAUUUAACGAAAUUGGGUCAGAAUGCUUUAAUCCACAGAUUGACUGUUUUCAACACGUCAAGGAGGCAAUAGAAGAGCAGUGCAGCAGAAAGUAUGCGAUUUGGGUGGCCCAGUUCUAUGAGAAGCAUUUCAGUAGCCCCUGGACUGUUCUUUCAUUAUUUGCUGCUUCAUUAAUUCUUUCAUUGACUGCCACUCAAACUUAUUUCACAAUCUACUCCAAAUGUACGUUGACCGACUGAAAUGUAGAGGUGUGCAAACAAUGAUUGUAGUUUGUUCAACUUUUUCAUGCAUGGUUUUGAUUGUGGGUUUUGAAAGAGACCGUAUAUAGUUUUUGGAUACCUAAGUUUGAAGGAUAACGAAGACAAACAUGUGGUCAGAGCCUUAUCUUAUGAUAUGAUAAUAAGGGUAUUUAGUAAAGAGUUAAAUAUAUAAGGCCCAAACUUAUAUAGU